GUCACACUCUACCUACACCAUAUUAACUGGAAAGAUGCCACAGGCUUGGACUGAUUCUAGCUCUCAUCUUCAUCAUCAUCAUCAUCAUCAGUAGUGCAACUAACGAGGACUUGACUGAUAAAAGAUAGUUUACUUUGUGUGUUAGAUUUGAUUUGUGCUAUUACGUCUAUUGUAAAUACAACUUAAACAAUUCAAUCGAAACCAUUUGCUAAAUUGUUAGCUGCACAAAACGAAUUUAAAAAGCUAUAGAGAAUAUAUAAACAAACCUAAUCAUGUGAUUUCUACGUUUGUCUUCUUCAUCAUCACUUCCAGUGUGCGUGAGUGCAUUUGUAAAUCUUAGUCGUAUCAAGUCCCAGAGGUCAGACAAUCUACGCACCGGAUGGCUUAUUUUGAUUUACUUCCAAAUGAGAUCCUAGAGAAUAUUUUUCAGUACCUUUAUUUUAAAGAACGCAAACGAUUAUGCUCUGUUUGUUGCCGUUGGAAUAGCAUAUUGUUUUCGGAUCAGUAUUUACGCAGACAUGUAGUAUUCCAUAUCGAGGGAAGCCGAUUGCUUGAUACUAAAAAACCAGUCCAUAGAGUUUAUCAAGCUCUAUCGUUGAAAAUCGAAAGCCAAUGGAACAACGAAAUGAUGAAAAAUCUUCGGCUUGUCAAUACAAUCAGCCCAAAUCUGGAAUAUUUACGAUUGGAAAAUUGGGGCUCUGACCAUCAAUUAGGAUCGAUUUUCGACAGUCUCGAUCUUGCGAAAAUUAGGCAGCUACAUUUCACAGGAACGUGCGACACCGUAAGUGGUUUAUUAUGUGUCUUCAUGAGCAACCUUGAUAUACUCAAGAUAAAUGUUCAUCACGUCCAGUAUUUCAAUUUGUGCGCUCCAAAUUUAGUCGAGCUGUUUCUGUAUGUACGAUCAGAAGAUCACCUGGAUUUGCUAUCUCAAUUUGCCGAUCAGCUUAUCAAGCUGACUGUGGUGUUUGACUCGAAAAAUGGUUAUUUUUUCUUCAAUCUCCGCUUUCCCCGGUUAUCGGAGCUUGCAAUUGACAGGAGUAUGAAAGGCAUGAUCAAAAGUGACCAAGAUAUAAGCAUUGCCUUUUUCAAGCGCCACAAGCAACUUCGGAAAUUGCAUCUUUCGAUUAAAUUCAUCGAUAGCUAUGUGAUGCAGGAGGUUUAUGAAAAUGUUCCUAACUUAACCGAUUUGAAAAUACAAGUAUCCGAGGGAACCAUCGAAUUGUCUAGUGUUAGUAAAUUGCUGAAGCUCGAGAAGCUAGCAGUCACAGCGGAGAAAGUAUAUCUUCUGAGUCAUAAAUUUCCCAAACUGAAACAGCUACAGCUUGGCUCUGCUGAAACAGGUCCUGGUACAUUUGUGUACGGCUUAGAGAACUUGAUGCUACUGGACAGUUUGCGAACGUUGAUUUUGCAUAACGUUAUGUUUUAUCCCGAGGUACUCAAGUUAACCCCAGUCUAUAAUGUGCGGAUAUUACACAUCAACAACUACAAAAGAUUGCUCGAAAACCAUCUACAGAUACUUGUUAAACGAUUCCCGGCGGUUUAUAAACUCAAAAUAAGUAGCUGCCCAGGUUUUACACUACAUGAAGUAGAGAAACUUAAAAAAAUGAAUCCCAGAAUGAAAAUUUCAUUCGACGAAGUAAGAUUUGGACAGUUUUUGAAACAGUAAACGGACAGCUGGAUUGUUGAUUCAAUCACUAGCACGCUGAAGAGAGACUAAUGCUAAAAAUACUUGUUCGAGAGAGGUCUGUCCUAUCGCGUAGUCUUCGAUAUCGAAUUGAGUUUUAGCUUGUUCCAUCAAACCAAACAUCGUUGACCAUUUCAAAGACGUUUUCGUUAUGUGAUAAGUUAAGUAAUCCUGGUAUCGUUCUCUGUAAAUAUUGGUAAUUAAAAUUUGUAUAGACUAAUCGGAGCAAGCACAUACUUCAAUCGAGCGCCUUCGAAAUUUCUUUCAAUAUAUUGUAUGACUAGA